UGUACGAAGAUGUAUCUGUAAUGUCGGAUUGUUGAUUUUUUCAAUCCCCAAACGCAAGGUAGGGGAAAUAAAAGAACACGUUCUCACUUCCGCACCUCGGAAAGUUCGCUUGGAGGACAACAUUGAAAAUCGCAAUUCGUAUGAUUGUGAUACAUAUUGUUACAAUUAUUGUUUAAUUGCAGGUAGCUAUAGUUUGAAAGAUUGUGUUAAGUACGCAUAUAGGCCGACUGUGCAUAAAGGAGUUAUGUUUACAUGCAUAUGUUUAUACGAUUUGGUUAUACAUAAUAUAGCCGAAAUAGGCCACCUCUAAAGGGGUUCUUUUAUUAAUACUUACAUUUGACCACAAUUUGUAUAAAGAUGAGAAGAUAAACUGUAUUUGAGGUCAUGACAAAUUAACACGUCGUGUCAUGUGAAGUUUAACGGUUUCAUGCGUAUAAAAGGCGUUCUAUACCCUGAUCCGGGAGUACUCUCUGCAUGGUGGCUUUUGUCAGACUUCAGUUGCUAUUUCUGACCUGAAGAAGUAUCGAUGCUGUUUUGGGUUUUCAGUUAAAGAGUUUCAAUGUCAUAUAAGUAAAUGUAACAAAAAUUAAUAUUCAACAUUAAUUUGAAGACCUUCAAUUGGAUAGAUUCUCAGACAAAAUGCUUUAAUAUUUGAUUGUGUGGCAAACGAUUUCUUUGGGAAGAGGUUACAUUUUUUAUGGAUUAAUGAGUUUAGGAAAAUGAAAAUUGCCUUCAGCUGAGCCCUAAAUGCUUAAAAUGUGGUCAUCUGGUGACUGCAAUUAAACGAUGUUGCAGGACAUAUUGUAGUGAACCAAACCAACAUUGUGAUAAGGCAGGGGUGUCACACUGCAGUCAAGACUUAAAAGGUGGUGCAGAGAGGUAAUCUGAUAUUCUUUUGAGUGUGGCCAUGUCCAGGCCGGCCGUUGUGGGCGGAGCCACCUGUCACAAGAUCGGCAAGGGCGUCACCUAUUACGUCAGGGAGCCGGCUCCUCCCCCUGGCUCGGCUCCUCCCCCCGGCCCGGCCAGGCCUCUGCUUCUGCUCAUGCCCUGGCUGGGAGCCCAGCCCCAGGCCCUGUCCAAGUACUUCCAGGCCUACUCCGGGACGAGCCAGGACGUGCUGGUGGUGGAGACCGGGAUCAGCCAGUUCCUGUGGCCCCGCUGGAGCCUGGACUACGGGGCCGAGGUCCUCCAGGUGCUGGAGAGUGACCGGUUCGCCUCUCGCCCCCUGCUGGUGCACUGCUUCUCCGUCGGGGGCUACACCUUCUGCCAGAUGCUGGUCUGCCUGUCCCGGGACGCCCGACGCUACCGGCGCUUCGUCGACCGGGUCAAAGGUCACGUCUACGACAGCCUGGUGGUCGGCUCAGCGGAGCGGAUGGCCGUAGGCGCGGGAAAAGUUAUCGCACCCCAAUGGGAAGGUCUGGUGAGACGGAUUAUCCUGCUCUACCUGAGCGUGUUCAAGAGGUACACCGUGGACAUCUUCGACCCGGCCAUCAAGCUGUUCUGGAGCUGUCCAAUCACGGCCCCCGCCCUGUUCUUUUUCUGCGAGGACGACGUCAUGUGCGACGUCGGGGGACUGGAAGAGCUCAUCGAGUGCUGGAGGAAGAGGGGCGUGGCCGUGCAGAGCAGGAAGUGGGCGGAGUCCACGCACGCCGGGCACAUCCGACGCCACCCGGAGGAGUAUCGGGCCGCCCUCGACAACUUCCUGCUGUCUCUCAGCACGACUCCCCUGAAAGCCAAAAUGUGAACAAAUAAAAACCUCCACCUUUCCCCUGAAAUCUAGGGGCCCUAUACUAUUUCCUCUAAUAGGGUAGAUCACGUGUGUGUGUGUGUGUGUGUGUGUGUGUGUGUGUGUUUUUAUAGGGAGGUUCAACGAUUAAAUUACAGUUCAGAGGUUCAGUCAUUUCUAACUGAAGUUGAGGCGAAGAGGAAGUAAGAGAAAUGCAUGAAAUAUGAACUUGUUUGAACAUUUGUUUGAAAUAUGAGCAUUGUUGUGAGGUUGUACGUUUACAAAUAAUCAUUCAGCUUCAUUAUGAUAUUGGCCAUCGAGUAAGACAAAGCAAUGUUAAAAAACAUUUUAAUGUUGCAAGUUGCAACACUUUUUUUUGUUUAUUUAUAUAUUUAUUUAUAUAUUUUUGCAAUGUUUGUGUGUCUUGCUAAAGCAAGCAAGCUCGUAGCUGGCUAAUGCUAACUAGUUAGUGACAUGGUAGAGCAAGUUCAGCUGUCUAAAUGGCUGUAUCCUCUAGAUAAUCCAGCUCAAUUAUGUAGAUUUAUUUUGUGCCAGGAUGCUCCCAUCCCCAAAUUAGAGGUUGUGCUGCAGCCUACAAUGGUACUUCACAAACCUCCUUGGAUAGCUUGGCACGCAGACAUUGUAAGUAGGUAUCAUUAAUGCGCUUGUGCUAUUUGCUGUCUUCGCCGAGUAAUUUACAGUUAUAACUGUAAACUAGCAUACACCGUAUGAUGUUACGCUAGUAAAACAAUGCAAUGACAACAGGCACUGUGGAGAUUGUUAUGUGUGUCGGUUUGUGAUCUGCGAACAGCUGUCAGCAGAAAAGGGCACGUCACUCACACUGUGAAAUCAUUGGAUGCCUGUCUGGGAGCAAGUGAGGUUGGCAACGUGCAUCAGUAUUCCACCGAAGUGACAGUUCCCAGGAAAAUUGAAUCCACGAUCGCUGUAUUAACUGUGGUCUCAGUCAAACCCAGCAGUCGGUGCAGGUUUUUGUUUUACCUCAGUAGCACGACACUGUGAUGACGAUGAGAAAAAUGUCUUUCAGUAAAUGUACUCUCUGGUUUUCAGCAGUAACUAAGAUUUUUAAAUGUAUAAAAUGUGGGUAGAUUUUUCUAAGUAAAUGAGUUUGUGUUUUAACAGAUGUAUAAAUGUUUGGCAAAUAACACUACAAAGAAAACUUGAAUAUCGUUGUGGUUCUCACACA